GUGUCUGUGUGCAGGAUGGCGGAUGUGUUGAAUGUCGGGGUGAAUCUGGAAGCCUUUUCCCAGGCUAUUCACUCCAUCCAGGCCUUGCGCUCCAGCGUCACCCGGGUCUUUGACUGCCUGAAAGAUGGCAUGAAAAACAAAGAGAGCCAGGAGGCCAGGGAGAGGGCCUUCGUCGGCGAGUUCCAGGACAACCUGCAUGCUGUCAACCGGGACCUCAACGAACUGGAACGCCUCAGCAACUUGGUUGGCAAACCCUCUGAAAACCAUCCUCUCCAUAACAGCGGAUUACUGAGCCUUGACCCGGUACACGACAAGACGCCCCUGUACAGCCAGCUCCUCCAGGCGUACAAAUGGUCAAACAAAUUGCAGUACCACGCUGGACUUGCUUCUGGUCUCCUGAACCAACAGUCUUUGAAACGUUCUGCCAAUCAGAUGGGGGUAUCUACUAAACGAAGACCAAAGACCCAGCCCACAACCCUUGUCCUUCCGCCUCAGUACAUCGACGACGUCAUUAGCCGAAUCGAUCGAAUGUUCCCUGAAAUGACCAUCCAUUUGUCGAGACCCAAUGGUACCUCUGCCAUGUUGCUGGUGACCCUCGGCAAGGUGUUGAAGGUCAUCGUGGUAAUGCGCAGUCUGUUUAUUGACCGGACCAUCGUGAAGGGUUACAACGAAAACGUCUACACUGAGGAUGGGAAGCUGGACAUUUGGUCAAAAUCCAGUUAUCAAGUCUUUCAAAAGGUGACGGACCACGCUACCACCGCCCUCUUACACUACCAGCUUCCUCAGAUGCCGGAUGUGGUUGUUAGGUCCUUCAUGACUUGGUUAAGAAGUUAUAUCAAGCUGUUCCAAGCUCCGUGUCAGCGGUGCGGGAAGUUUCUCCAGGACGGUCUGCCACCCACGUGGAGAGACUUCCGUACCUUGGAAGCUUUCCACGAUACCUGCCGGCAGUAGAUCGGUAGAACGAGGAUGGAAUAUGGAAUUUUUCCGCUGAAAAUUCUCAAAUACUCUUUGGACAAACCUCCGACAAUCGAAAUGGAUACCGAGAGCAAUUCCUGCUAUCUUGACCAGAGAAGAAGGACCUCUGAACCUUCAGAAGGAAAGAUGUCCUCUCGGCGGACCGGUCUAAAGCCGGAGACAUCGAUUUUAAUGUUUCUCUUGACCUGGGAACGCCUCUGACAUUUCGUGCUGACUCAGAACUGGGAAUUAGGGAGAAGGUUAACAGUCGGAUGAUCCGUUCUAUUAUCUUUGCUGCCGUCGGGGUCUGCUCAAGUAUCUGGUGACUAUUUAAAAAAAAAAACACGCUAUGGAAUUUUGUAUCUUCACACUUUUUUUUUUUAUGAAAAUGCCAGUAAAUGUUUUUUUUCUAUUUUUAUUAAGUUCAAAGGUUUGUUAAUAAAUUUAACUUUUCUAGAGUCAACCAAAAAAAAAAAAAAAAAAGAAUUGUAGAAAGGUCCAUCGCGGUCAGCUGUGCCGGAACAGAAUAUCAAACAAAACGCCUGGUAGGUUUAUUAAUGGAUUUUGAAAUGGAGAAUGUAAAAAUAAACAUUGUUAAUGUGA